AUGAAAGAAAUUCCACUCGAAGGCGAUGAUGCCAAGCUGGCCGCCAUGGGCCAUCGGCCUGAACUUCAACGCAGUCAUUCGACAUGGUCAAUGCUUGGUUUGGCCUUUGCAGUUCUCAAUUCGUGGACUGCACUUUCGGCCAGUUUGUCGAUCAGUCUCACCUCCGGUGGAAGCACAAGUGUGGUUUGGGGGUUGGUGACUGCAGGAUUCUGUAACCUUUGCAUCGCAUGUUCCUUGGCUGAGUUUCUCUCGGCGUAUCCGACAGCCGGUGGACAAUAUCAUUGGGUUGCAGUCGCGUGGCCGAGUACAGUUCCAAUUCUCUCAUGGGUGACUGGAUGGGUUAAUGUGGCAGGCUGGAUUGCUCUCGUUGCCACGAACUCGCUUCUUUCCAGCCAGCUUAUUGUUGGAAUUAUUUCCGUUCUCCACGAGAACUAUGUACCCAAACCCUGGCAUCAAUUCCUGAUCUACAUCGGCUUGACCAUCGGUUCCUUCAUAAUCAACGCUUUCAUGAACUCCGCGUUGCCGAUGAUCUAUCGCGGUGCUUUCAUGUGGUCGAUUGGAGGAUUUGUGAUUGUAUCUAUCACUGUCCUCGCAUGCGCCGCCCCCAACUAUAACUCAGCUUACUUUGUGUUCUGUGAUUUUGUUAACACGACAGGCUGGCCCGACGGAGUUGCAUGGCUUCUAGGUUUGCUUCAAGGAGGGCUUGGUGUCACGGCCUUUGAUGCAGUGGCACACAUGAUUGAAGAGGUACCAAAUGCGGACAUUGAGGGGCCCAGAAUCAUGGUAACCUGCGUCGGCAUUGGUGUAUUCACUGGUUCUAUCUUCUUGAUAGUCUUGCUUUUCGUCGCUGGCAACAUGGAAACGGUUGCAAGCUCCGCGGCUGGCCCUCUCCUCCAGAUUCUGAUCGAUGCCACCAAAAACAACAUCGGAGCCAUAUGCCUCUUGAUGUUGCCUUUGGUCUGCUUGGUAUUUGCUAUAGUCAGUGUCAUGACGACCAGUAGCCGGAUGAUCUUCGCUUUCGCAAGAGAUGGAGGUCUUCCUGCCUCCAAAUUCUUCGCUAAAGUUCACCCAACACUCAAAUUGCCCCUCAACGCAUUGAUGCUGAGCGUCGUUGUGGUAAUCGCAUUCGGGUGCAUCUUUCUGGGAUCUUCAAGUGCUUUCAACGCGAUUAUAUCGGCCUCGGUUGUUGCCCUUGAUUUGUCCUAUGGAAUUCCCAUUGCGAUCAAUUGCCUCCAGGGACGGAGAUCACUUCCCGAGAGGAAAUGGCAAUUGCCCCGGGCACUGGGAUGGACUGUCGAUAUGAUUGCUUUGUCAUAUAUUCUUUUGACAACAGUCCUAUUUGUAUUCCCUCCCUCAAGUACUGUCACCGGAAGCAGUAUGAACUACUGUAUUGCGGCUUUUGCCAUCAUCAUCCUGAUCUCUGUGUUCCAGUGGAUUGUGGAUGGAAGAAAGAAUUUCACCGGUCCACGUGUUGAUAUCACCCUCGACGCUCUGCACGCUAUGGCUACAAGAGAGGAGGUUGAGCCCAGUUUGCACGAGAAACAAUAUAGCAAACAGGCCAGGUGA